UAUUGAAGCGAGUAUAUUGGGACAUUGCGACGCGACCAAAUCUACCGUGUUCAUGAAGAAUCAGCCUUAAAUGCAUCUGUUAAUGAAUUUUAGAACGCAGCUUAUUUAGUUGAAGGCGUUGGAGGGAAACAAAUCUAACCUAACCUAACCACUUUGACAGAAGUCAACAGAAAUUCAAAUUUAAAGCUUAAACAUGGGUAAACGUUUUUUUACCAUUCUGUGAUCAUACUCUUCAGUAAAAUAUAAAGAAAAACAUUAAGAAAGGAGCAAUAAUAAUACGGCAAUCAAAACAGCUUCCUCUGAAUGAUAUAUUUUUGAAAACCAAUAACGAAUCAGUUAUUGAAAAUGUAUGUACAUCUUUAUGACUUAUACAUUUGAACUGAAAAUAUGUCUGUGUACAAGAAGGAUAAUAAGGAUGAUCUGGAAGAGAUAAUUGAUGAACAAUGCAAGAGAAUGCUUGAGCUUCGUAUAGUCACAGAAUUGAUAAAAAGUAAACACAACAUAAAAGAUGAACUACAGACAAUACAUCAAAAAAUGUUGCAGAAGUCAAAUGAUGUUGAGAACUUGAGAAAAGAUUUGGAUAGAAUAAAAGCGCAGAAUGUUUAUCUUAAAGAAUUAUGUUCGCUAACUGCAGCUUUGGAUAAAAAAAUCGUAGACGAAGAAGCGUAUGUUCCAUCAGAGCUUUUACAAGCCUAUCAAGAUGUUAAUAAAAAGUCUCAUUUGUCUGCUGUUAAAAGUUCUUCUCAAAAGGCUCAAACUAUAUUUUUUCCUGCUAGAUCAGACUCCAAUGUAAAUUCAGCUCAUUUAGCUCAUCAGUUGAUUGAGCUAAAGACACCUAGCUACUAUAACAGUAACGUUGCAAAGCAGUCAAUGGUGAAAGACUGUAAAAGAACACUUUUCCAAUCAGAAAGUGACAUGGAAGUGUGUCCCACAAUACCAUUGAUCACUAUUGAGGAAUUUAAUAAACUGCCUAAAUACAUGAUUGGGAGACAAACUCUAGAGACAAUUAAUAGUUUGAUAAAUACUAUAAAUCAAACACUAAUUGCGAAGUACACAAUCUUAUCAUUAGGAAAGGCUGGUGCCCAAAAGAAGGGCGAAAUCAAUCUGUAUCUGCAGUACAAAAAGCAGGAGUUUGAUAUUGAGGAACAAAAGGGAUAUCUUUAUUUUUUCACAGCUGAAGAUUAUUAUAGGCAAACAAAAACAAAGAUCGAUAAGACCAAAUUAAACUUGAUAACAGCAUUGCGCCAUUGCAAACGCUUACGUGAAUACAGAAUAAAAAAUGAAUUGAGAUAUGUUAUAAUGUCAAAUUAGUUAACAAUUUCUUUAUUAAUAAUAUAUAACUAUUUACAAAUGUCAAAUUAGUUAACAAUUUCUUUAUUAAUAAU